UUCAUUUCCCGCCAGCCGUGCGAUACAUUCAUUCCCCCACCAUCAAAAGCCUCUCGGCCUCCAGAAGUAGUUGGCUUGUCUAUGGCCUCUUUCUAACUACCUUCUUUCCUUUCUUUCCUUCUUGUCGCACGCAUUGAACCGAGCCAAUUUCGCUCCAAGCUACCGUUACACCCACUUCUUCACCCGAACAAGCUGUGCCCUUCCUUGACCUUCGGCCAUGAACCCAUCCAUUCCACCCUCAACAGCCGAAUACGGCGGAGAUGAGGUUUCUGCGAUCGUACUUGACCCGGGCUAUUCCACAACACGCGCUGGAUUCGCUGGUGAGGAUACACCGAAAUCAUUAAUUCCGACGUAUUACGGCAAAUACACCUACGAUAGUCAGGAAAAGUUUAUAUUCGGAGAUGAUGUCUUCGUCACCCCCCGUCCUGGUCUUUCAGUCCACAAUCCCAUGGGCCGGGACGGGAUAGUAGAAGACUGGGACAUGGCCGAGAAAGUAUGGGAAUAUUCAUUCACCUCGCGCCUCGCAGGACCCAGACCUGGAAAUCCCUUACAGAAUGGAUUGAAUGACACUCCAGACAACGAGCUGCCUACGGAAAUGGAGGGUUUGGAAACCGAAGAAAAGCCUCUCGCGGACAGCCCGUUGUUGAUGUCGGAACCUGGUUGGAACCCCACAAAGGCUCGCGAGAAGACCAUCGAGAUUGCUAUGGAGAAAUGGGGCACUCCAGCCUUCUAUCUAGCGAGGAAUGGCGUUCUCGCAGCCUUCGCGGCCGGCAAAGCCUCUGCAUUGGUUAUCGACAUCGGUGCUUCCAACGUAUCUAUCACUCCGGUUCAUGAUGGGAUGAUUCUGAAGCGAGGAGUUCAGCAUUCCCCUCUUGGAGGAGAAUAUAUCUCGUCGCAGCUCCGCGCUCUCUUCAAGACGAAUGCACCGCAGCCGAUCACCAUAACACCCCAUUAUCUCAUUUCCUCCAAAAUUGCUGUGGAUGCCGGACAGCCUCCACAAGCCAAGUACAAGACUUUUUCACCUGAGAAGGCUCCACAUGCUAGCUAUCGCACUUUACUCGAGGAGCGCACGCUGUGCGAAUUUAAGGAAUGCGUGGUCCAGGUUUGGCCCGGGCCCAAUAAGCUUUCUGGAACGGGUCCAAAUGGAGUUUUGAACGAGGACCUUGCCAAAACCAGUCCCGGGCGGCCUUUCGAGUUUCCUGACGGCUAUAAUCAGGUCUUUGGUGUCGAUCGUUAUCGAGUCGUCGAAUCGCUCUUUGACGCCAAGGCCGCGAUUCCGGACCCUGAAUCGAUUUUCCCACCAGCCACACAGGCGCAGACCGUGCCCGAGUUGAUCAAGAAUGCACUGAAUGGCGUUGAUGUGGACGUUCGCCCACACCUCUUGGCGAAUGUUGUUGUGACAGGCGCCUCAAGCUUGCUCUAUGGUUUCACAGACCGCUUGAACCAAGAGUUAAUGCAGAUGUACCCAGGGCCGCGCGUGCGUAUCUCAGCCCCAGGAAACACCGCAGAACGAAAGUUCGGCUCUUGGAUCGGUGGAAGUAUUCUGGCCAGUCUCGGAACUUUCCACCAGCUAUGGAUCUCGAAAAAAGAGUUCGAGGAGCAUGGUCCUAACAUCGUUGAGAAGCGGUGUAAGUAAGAUUGUCCGCCUGUUAUCCCUAUACUAUCUGUCUUCAGGUUUAUUACAAGAUGUCCGAAGGUCAUUAUUGCGGUACCUUCUACGAAUUGGUCUGGUGCUUUUUCUUGCGAUGAAGCUCUGGUAAUUACCGUAUAACUCGAAAUUCUAUUUUCGUUGAUUUCAUCAAUCGGCUGUUGCUAUGGUUGUGUACCAAAUCUACAAGACUCCGC